CAGUUGUUCUGCUGCUUCAGCAGACGCGCGUAAUCUCUGUCACACGCGGCGCGGAGCACUUUUAGAAAGCACAGGGGGUAUUUAAUUUACUUUUCUUGGUCUUUUUUCACUUGAUGUUAGAAAGAGUCAAAUAGGUUACUUAUUUCAUCCCAAUGAGUAUUUAAAGCAGUGUUGUCAGCAGUAAAUGAACAGCUGAAUCGUUUGGCGUUGCAGUGGCUCCAUUGAUCGCGCUGGACUGAAACACCAAACCACUGGAAUAAAUUAUAAGCGAUUCAACUUCCCAAAAUGAGCGCCGGCAAGAGGAUGGAGGAUGAGGCUGUGCUGGACCGAGGGGCAUCGCUGCUCAAACCCUUGUGUGAUCAGGAGGAGGUUGAAGGUCAUCACACCAUAUACAUUGGUGUGCAUGUGCCAAAGAGCUACCGGCGACGGAGACGUCAUCGCCGACGCACCAGUCACAAGGACAGAAAGGAGAAAGUGACCGAGAACACUUCGGACAGGUCGGAUGCAGAGAACAAUGAGGAGGCCAGCAACAGCAUCCUUAAACCACUCAUUUCACCUGCUGCCGAGCGCAUCCGAUUCAUCCUGGGAGAGGACGAUGACAGUCCUGCGCCUCCUCAACUCUUUACGGAGCUGGACGAGCUGCUGUCAGUGGACGGACAGGAGAUGGAGUGGAAGGAAACCGCCAGGUGGAUCAAGUUCGAAGAGAAGGUGGAAAAAGGUGGAGAAAGAUGGAGUAAACCACACGUGGCCACUCUGUCUUUACACAGUCUCUUUGAGCUUAGGACGUGUAUAGAGAAGGGUACCAUCAUGCUGGAUCUAGAAGCCUCCACUCUGCCAGGGGUCGUUGAAAUGAUCACUGACAGUCAGAUUGAGAGCGGCCUCUUGAAAGCUGACCUGAAAGAAAAGGUCAUGUACACCUUGCUGAGGAAGCAUCGCCACCAGACCAAGAAGUCCAAUCUUCGGUCCUUAGCUGACAUUGGCAAAACGGUCUCCAGUGCAAGCAGCCCAACCACUGCACACCGCAACCUGACAUCAAGCAGCCUGAACGAUAUCUCAGACAAGCCAGAGAAAGACCAGCUCAAGAACAAGUUUAUGAAGAAGCUGCCCAGAGAUGCUGAAGCCUCCAAUGUUCUGGUUGGAGAAGUGGACUUUCUAGACAGUCCGUUUGUGGCCUUUGUGAGACUUCAGCAGGCUGUGAUGUUGGGGGCGCUGACUGAAGUGCCUGUGCCCACCAGAUUUCUGUUCAUUCUUCUUGGACCCAAGGGCAAAGCCAAGUCAUACCAUGAAAUCGGUAGAGCAAUUGCCACCCUGAUGUCAGAUGAGGUCUUCCAUGAAAUUGCGUAUAAAGCCAAGGACAGACAAGAUCUCCUCGCUGGCAUUGAUGAGUUCUUGGAUGAGGUCAUCGUCCUCCCUCCCGGAGAAUGGGACCCUGCCAUCAGGAUAGAGCCUCCAAAAUCCCUGCCAUCCUCAGAUAAGAGAAAGAACAUGUAUGCUGGAGGGGACAGCACACAGAUGAAUGGAGACACUCCUCACAGUGGUGGGCAUGGCGGCGGGGGACACGCAGUGGGCGAUGAGCUGAAGAAGACGGGGAAGUUUUGUGGAGGCCUUAUUCUUGACGUCAAAAGAAAAGCCCCUUUUUUCUUCAGCGAUUUCUAUGACUCGCUACACAUCCAGUCUUUGUCUGCCAUUCUUUUCAUCUAUUUGGGAACAGUAACCAAUGCCAUCACGUUUGGAGGACUGCUGGGCGAUGCCACAGAAAACAUGCAGGGUGUGCUGGAGAGUUUUCUGGGUACAGCGGUGACUGGUGCAGUCUUCUGUCUCCUGGGCGGACAACCACUGAUCAUCCUCAGCAGUACAGGGCCAGUGCUGGUGUUUGAAAGGCUGCUCUUCAACUUCAGCAGGGAGAAUGACUUUGACUAUCUAGAGUUUCGACUUUGGAUUGGUUUGUGGUCAGCCUUCUUUUGCCUAGUUCUGGUGGCCACUGAUGCCAGCUUUCUGGUGCAGUAUUUCACCCGAUUUACAGAAGAAGGCUUUUCCUCGCUGAUCAGCUUCAUCUUCAUCUAUGACGCUUUCAAGAAGAUGCUGAAGUUGGCCCAUUAUUACCCCAUCAACUCAGACUUCAAAAUCGACUAUGUCACGCAGUAUGACUGCAUGUGCAUGGCGCCCACUGAUGCCAAUUCUUCAGAUGUGUACACUGAUCCACUUGAUUCAACAUUUGUCUGGACUGUAAAUUAUACGACAGACCCACGCAUGAAUGCCACCUGGUCCUCCUUGUCAAAGAAGGAAUGCCUGAAAUAUGGAGGAGAGCUGGUGGGCAAAGCCUGCGAAUUUGUGCCCGACAUCACCCUCAUGUCCUUUAUCCUUUUCUUUGGCACCUAUACCUGCUCCAUGUGUCUGAAGAAAUUCAAGACCAGCCCGUUCUUCCCUACUACUGUAAGGAAGCUCAUAAGUGACUUUGCUAUUAUCCUGGCCAUUUUGAUCUUCUGCGGUGUCGAUGCUCUGGUUGGGGUUGAAACGCCAAAGCUCAUAGUGCCAAGUGAAUUUAAGCCAACAAGCCCAAACCGUGGCUGGUUUGUGCCACCGUUCGGAGGUAACCCCUGGUGGGUGUACCUGGCAGCGUCUGUGCCAGCUCUGCUGGUCACCAUCCUGCUCUUCAUGGAUCAGCAGAUCACCGCUGUCAUUGUCAAUCGCAAGGAGCACAAGCUUAAGAAAGGUGCAGGUUAUCAUCUGGACCUUUUCUGGGUGGCUGUUCUGUUAGCGGUGUGCUCUUUUAUGGGUCUGCCAUGGUAUGUGGCUGCUACAGUUAUUUCCAUCGCCCACAUUGACAGCUUGAAGAUGGAGACAGAGACCUCUGCCCCAGGAGAACAGCCCAAAUUCUUAGGUGUCAGGGAACAAAGAGUCACUGGUGUCAUGGUCUUCAUUCUCACUGGUAUUUCUGUCUUCAUGUCUCCAGUCCUUAAGUUCAUACCUAUGCCAGUGCUGUACGGAGUCUUCCUCUACAUGGGUGUUGCAUCACUCAAUGGUGUGCAGUUUAUGGACCGUCUCAAACUGCUCCUGAUGCCUGCCAAACACCAGCCAGACCUGAUCUACCUGCGGCACGUCCCACUGAGGAAGGUCCAUCUCUUCACUUUUGUCCAGUUGCUCUGUCUGGCUCUUCUUUGGGUCCUGAAGUCCACCGUGGCGGCCAUCAUCUUUCCUGUUAUGAUCUUGGCUCUGGUAGCUGUGAGGAAGGCACUGGACUAUAUUUUCUCUCAGCAUGACCUUAGCUUCCUGGAUGAUGUCAUACCCGAGAAGGACAAGAAAAAGAAGGAAGAUGAGAAGAAAAAGAAAAAGAAGAAACAAGGGAGCAUAGACAGCGACAUGGAAGAUUCUGACUAUCCUUACAAUGAGAAUGUCCCCAGCAUUAAAAUCCCAAUGGACAUGAUGGAGCAGGAGCCUUUUUUAGGAGAUAAGGCCUCUGACAGAGAAAAGUCCGCUUCAAUCCUGGACCGAUAUUCAUCAUGCUGAAAAGCGCCACUACUUUCAGUCCAGUCCAAUGUCAAGUUCAGAGAGACUGCCAUUAAAUGUGCCUCAGAUUAAAAUAGAAAUGGACCCAGAUGACAACAAUGGCUUAUUCUGGAGGAGUCGAGGG